AGUGCCGUCGCUUUGAGGACACAUCACAGAAGCCUCCGCCAAUAAAGCCUCCGCCAAUAGUAAAGGACAAGGAGAAAAAGCUCUACUGUGUCUACGUUGCUGUCGGCCAGAAGCGUUCAACUGUUGCUCAGCUUGUCAAGACCCUUGAGGAAAAUGACGCAAUGAAGUACUCUACCAUUGUUGCUGCUACCGCCUCGGAGGCUGCUCCCCUGCAGUACCUUGCGCCCUUCUCUGGCUGUGCCAUGGGUUCAAUGAACAUGGGAGCUGCGACCAAAAUGGCAGGAUAUCGGAGAGCAUUUGACAUGUGGAGGGCCUUCACUUUGAGGACAUGA